AUGACAUCCUCGCCAAAGCAGACGUCACCACCGGCGACACCGGAGUUUCUCAAGCUCUCCUAUCCGGCACCGCGUGUUCUUCUUGUGAGAAUGGACCGACCAAGGGACCUCAACGUCAUGUCCACAGCAGCACAGUGGGAGAUGAACUCAGUAUGGAAGUGGUUCGACCAAGAGCCCAAUCUUAGCGUUGCAGUCAUCACCGGGACAGGACGGGCGUUCUCGGCCGGGGCAGAUCUGAAGGAGUGGAGCGCCAGCAUGGCAGCCAACGCCGACCCGAGUAAACGCAUGGGCAACGCUCCCGCCUUCACGCCCUUGAGCCGGCGACUGGGCAAGAAGCCCGUCAUCGCGGCCGUCAAUGGCCUCGCGAUGGGCGGUGGGUGCGAGUUUGUUGUCAAUUGCGAUAUUGUCGUAGCCGCAGAGGAUGCAUAUUUCGGACUUCCGGAGGUCAAGAGAGGCAUUGCGGCCAUCGGCGGCGCUCUGCCGCGGCUUAUACGGACAAUCGGCCUCCAAAGAGCAAGUGAGUUUGCACUAACGGGACGCAAUGUUUCGGCACAAGAGAUGGCAGAAUGGGGGGUCGUGAACAAGGUGGUGCCCAAGGAGAAUGUUCUUGAUGAGGCGGUGCGUUAUGCGAAAAUGAUUGCGGCCAAUUCCCCAGACGCCAUCAUCUGCACCAGAGCAGGGUUGAGACAGGGCUGGGAGACGGCAUCGGUAGAGAAGGCGACCGAAUGGACUUUGGAAAACGAGUUUGCGGAGCUGCAGAAGGGCGAGAAUAUCAUCGAGGGUCUCAAGGCGUUUUCCGAGAAGCGAGAACCCAAUUGGAAGGGCAGUCGACUGUAA